UUUUGUUGAUGCCGGCGCUUCACUCUCGUUCGUACAAAUGGCAAUGAACGCGAGAGUGCAAUCGGAGACGUUGGUUGAACAUUUGCCAGCGAGAGCGUAGCGGAGGCAUUAGAAGCUUCCUGACGGUUCUCUUGAAGACGGCGUUAUUCAUCUUCUUUACAUUAGGACAGCUUUCUCACGGCAGAAAUCCUUCAACUGGCCUCGCUCGGUGGAGACGUCUCCUGGGGACAUCCCAGUAAUAGUGAAUGUCACUACGGGCAGCCAGAGUAUGCUGUAGGCUAAUACCUUGUGACACCAAGUGGAAGUUCGAGCCUUAGUUUUCAUGAUGGCGUAUGACACUAAUUUGGUGCCUAGCUUUCACGACGUCACAGGGGAGUACUUUAGGAGUGAAAUCCAAGUGAAACGACAACCAGCAGUAUUAAAAGGCAUUGACAUUGGUCCAUGCGUGGAAAAAUGGACAACAGAAUAUCUCAUCGAUAAAUCCGGUUCAACUUUAGUCAAAGUUCAUGUUGGCACCGAGGCAAAAAUGGAUUUUCUGUCAAAAAAUUUUUCCUACAAAACGUUGACCUUCGAACAGUUGGUGAAACGUUCCUCAAAACAAAUCCAAGAUGACGGUGAUUGGUUUUUUAGUUGUAACGAGUAUUAUUAUUUGAGGUCUUUGAGCAAUGAGCGGCGGGGAAAGCAAGUAGCCAACUUGAACAUUGACUUCCCUGGAUUAGCUGACGAUGUCAAACUGCCUAGCUUUUUCCGAGACCAACAGUUUUUCUCCAGUGUAUUAAGAUUAGGCUCCUCUGGAAUGCAGAUGUGGACACAUUAUGAUGUCAUGGAUAAUUUUCUGAUACAAGUUCAAGGAGAAAAAAGAGUAACUUUGUUCAGUCCGUCAGAUGCUUCUUUUCUGUAUUUGGAUGGCGAUAAGUCGGAAAUUUUGGAUAUUGAUAACCCUGACCUGAAAAAAUAUCCGAGAUUUGUGAAUGCCACUAGGUAUGAUUGUAUUUUGAGACGUGGGGACGUUCUAUUCAUCCCGGCGCUCUGGUUCCACACUACUCUCGCCCUGUCAUUCUCUGUUAAUGUGAAUGUGUUUUGGAAAAACUUGGAUGAACACUUUUAUGACAAGAAUGACUAUUACGGAAACAAAGAUCUUGUCCCAGCCAGUAAGAUGCUACAAGCAGUAUCCAAGGCCAUGACUAAUCUCAAUUCUCUUCCAAAAGACUGCAAAGAAUUCUAUGCGAAACGAGCUAUCCGUCUGAUUGAAAAGAUGCUGGAAGAUGAUAGAGAAAAAUCUGAAAUAUCAUCUUUAUAAGACGAUGAAUUAAUAAAAUGAUUUGUAAAUAGUAAAA